UUUGGAUUUGGUUUUUCUUUCUUCUUUUGUCCUGCCAAGUCACACAUUUUCUUCUCCCACGUGUACUCGGUUGGUUGGUUUAAUGGUAAUUCAUUCUGAAUCAGUUUUCCCUAGGAGUGUGUUGGGAUUUUGCAGGAACUGACAUAUGAAGACCACACAGGACUAAGGAACUCCAUCUCGCUCACAGCCAGUUUUAUCAAAUGAUUUUGUCUCUUGGUGGCUGCCUUGCAACGAUCAUAGCUGCCUAGCCAGUAUUUACAUGGGGGCAGGAAAUGGACAACACACUUGAGAGGGCAUGUUUUGCCUACUUCUGACAUACCCUGUACUCCAGUGUGUGUGUUUUUUCCUAUGAGGAUUGUGGUUAUUGAAGUCAUUAUAUCUGGAUAUCCCAGAGUCUACUGUGCUCCUUAUUCUACAGGGGAAGUAGAUCUCUUUAUGACAAAACACUCUAGGAAGGAAUAGACCAAGCACUAAGCUAGUAGUAAUAACCAGAGCAAAUAGUUGAAGUGUAGCAGCAUAUGUGCCUGUUUUAACAGGAAUUGAUACUCUUGCUUUGUCUUAACUUUCUUACACUUACCCAGGCAUAAAAUACGCAAAGGUGUUUUUUUAAAAAAACAACAACCUGGGAAUAUACCAUCUUAUGCAUGGAAAUGAACUUCUAUAUUAGUAGGCCAAUAUAACAUGAUCUGGUCUCAGAAUAUUUUUGGCAACUACUUCAGUGUUCUCCCAUAAUCUCUAGUUAGUUUUCAAGGAUUAUUUUGGAAAACAGUAAUGCUAAUCCUAUGUACAUCUGCUGAGAAGAAGGUAUCAUGGUGUUCAGUGGGGCAUACACUCAGGAAAGUGUGUCCAGAAUUUCAGGCUGACAGUACAAUCCUGUACAUGUCUACUCAGAAGUAGGCCUCAUUGAGUUCAGGGGGGCUCACUCCCAUGUAAGUGGGUAUAGGAUUGUAGCCUAAACUACUCAUUUGAUGUUCUUAUCUUUUUCUCCCUUUAUUAAUUGAACUAGGAGGUGCUGAAACAAUAAACUGUUCAGUUUGCAUCUUAUUUGAUUCAGGCUUCAGAAGUAUUAACAUUUUUAUAAUAUGUGAAGGUGGUGGUUUUAGCUGCGGUGGAGGCCCCAGUUGGGACUAAAUGGCAUAUAUAUAUAUAUAUAUAUAUAUAUAUAUGUAAACUAGUGUUGGUUGUUCUGUGACAGACAUGGUUAGUUUUUCUCCAUGGUGUUUGUGGAAAAUGUCAGUAGCCGAGGAACGUUUUGAAUAGUUGUAGCUGGUUUGUUAUGAAUUUUUAUGUAAUGUAUGGCUGAGAAACUAUGGAAGUGCUGGAUUGAGGAUUUGAGUAAUGAAGUGUUAUCUACCUACAUUAAUAUCAAUGCCAGUGAUAACACACUGCUAAAGCACGAAUGGAUCAGUCAUCUCAAGACCUUUUGAGAAAACUGUCCAGAUUGUUGUUGUAUGCUUUUAUGGGAAUGGAAAGAAGUAGGUUGAUUUGGGGCAUUUUAUAGGACUGAAGUGAUAAAAGUGAUAUACUUCACAAUCUUUCGCUUUUUUGGUCCUGGAAAAUCAAUCACAGAUGAGUAGGUUCUAGUACUAAUGUUCAAACGUGUUCCUCUGUAAAGUAUUGGAUAAUAGGUUGUUUUGUCACUACGCCUGCAAUUCUUUGCAUGUUUAUUUCUGAGUAAGCUCUGAUGAACUCAAUGGGACUUGACUCCAGGUUAACUUAAAGUUUUCUGUUAUUUCCUCUUUUUAUGUAGCUUGUGAAAAGAUUGACUUGACAUGAGCCACGCAUACAUUUUUGGGAUGUAGUCGAUACAUUGUGUACUUUAAAUUUUGUAACAUAUUCAUGUUCUAAACUACAGAUAUAUUUGAUUAGAUUUUUCUGGAUUUAUCAUGUGAUGACAUGCAUUGGUCGAGGAACUAAAUAUAUCAGUAUAUUUCCCUGGAAUUUUUGAUUUGGGGAAUUUAUUUUUGUUCCAACAUAAUCAUUUUUGCAUUGCAAAAGUCAGUCGCUGGUGAACAUCUUGCCACUCUGGAAGGAAAAGGAUUCAGAAGAACUGGACACCUCUAUUUUUGUAUGGGACUUUAUCUUUCAAGGCCUACAGACGUUGAGGAGAGGGUUUUUUAUUUUGCAUAUUCAUCUCUUUGUGGAAGAUUGACCUCAAAUUAUUUUCAUUUCCUGCUGAAAUCAAAUUUAAUAGGAGGAUGUAAUAACAUCCUCCUAAAGAAGUUGCUUAGUUGAAAUGGGUUAUUUUAAAUUAUUUUCUGCAUCUCUGGAAUGGAAAAGGAACUUGGCAUAAGACCAUCAGUUUUUGUUUCUUACUGGCUUGUAAAUGUUGACCAUGGUUAUGGCUAAUCCACAGUAAUGCGGCAUAAAAUGUUAACCUGCUUCGUAGCCAUUAAUUAUGUUUCAUUUUCUUUCCGCAGUUAAGUUGAUUUCACAGACUUUAUCAGGCCUUCCAAGAAGAACCAGGUGAUUAUUGCUGUGGGUUGAGCUCAGAAUGGCUGUAGUCAUCCGUUUACAGGGGCUUCCUGUUGUUGCGGGUUCUGGAGAUAUUCGCCGUUUCUUCUCAGGAUUGAAUAUUCCUGAUGGUGGUGUGCAUAUCAUUGGAGGAGAAAAGGGGGAAGCUUUUAUUAUAUUUUCAACAGAUGAAGAUGCAAGACAAGCAAUGAGCUAUUCAGGAGGAUUUAUCAAGGAUUCUCGUAUAGAGUUCUUUCUCAGUAGCAAGACAGAAAUGCAGAAUAUGAUAGAAAUUAACAGGAAAACAUUUGUUCGUGGUGGAAGAGAGACAAUAAGUGGGUCUAGGCGGAUAGAUUCUAGUAACCUGGGAGCAUCUGGAGUUGGCAGCCUUUCAAAUUUAGUUGCAGCCAUUAAAAAAGGAAUUAGUAAAUCGAGGUAUGAUUCUAUGGAUCCUAUGGAGUACGAGUUUCAUUCAGAUGGCUCUCGAAACAGCAGUGCAAAAUCAAAUUAUAAUCAGUCCAUGAGAGACCCAACCAACACAUACUUAUUUAUACGUGGCAUGCCUUAUUCUGCGACAGAAGAGGAUGUGGUCACUUUCUUCUCUGGAUUACAAGUGGAGGAGGUGAUCCUGUUAAAAAGCAAUGGCAAAAACAAUGGAGAUGGUGUGGUAAAAUUUGCUACGUUAAGUGAUGCCAAGAAAGGGCUACAACGUAAUAGGGAAUAUAUGGGCACAAGAUUUAUAGAAGUACAUCCCUAUAGUGGAGUAAAAUUGAUAAAGUAUGGUGGAAGAGCACAUGAAAAGAUGGGUCAUCCUUCCAGUACUGAACCUUUUGGUCAUAAUUUGGAUGAAGAUUUCUUUUCAAGCAAGGAGCAUUCAAGAAGAGAGCCAAGCAACUUAUCUUCAAGAAAACGCUCUCGUUCGCAGUCUCCUCCAAGGAGGGUUAUGGCACGUACCCGUUCACGGACUCCUCCAAGGAGGGUUAUGGCACGCACCUGUUCACCAUCUCUUCCAAGGAGAGUUAUCGCACGCACCUGUUCACCGUCUCCUCCAAGGAGGGUUAUGGCACGCAUCCAUUCACGGUCUCCUCCAAGGAGAGUAAAAACAUGUUCCCCUUCCCCUUUCGGUGAUUCAAUCCGAUCUCACUCACCUAACAAAGAAUAUUAUAUACAUGUAAAAAAUAUGCCUGAUGCUGUUGAGAAGAGAGAUUUGAUGGUAUUCUUUGGAGACUCUGAUGUUGCUGGCGAUCAGAUUAAAUUCUUAAAACCACAUGAUAACAUCAAGGAUGCAAUCGUGAUGUUCAAGUCAGAGAGAGACUAUCAGUAUGCACUAAGCCAUCAUAAAGAUACUCUUUUUGGUCGACAAGUUUACAUUUUUCCCAUUUCCAAAACAACAGUUUUUCAAUUAACUGGAUUUUCUGAAACUAAAAGAUCACCAGAAAGACAUCACCAUGUAAGGGAAAAAAGUAAUCGUGAUGGAUAUUCUGGCUCAAAGACAUGUGUAUAUGUGCGAAAUUUUCCAUUUGAUGUGACAAAUGUUGAAGUACAGAAAUUCUUUGCAGGAUUUACUAUUGACGACAGUGAUAUUUAUUUGCUUUAUGAUGACAAAGGAAUUGGAUUGGGAGAAGCGUUGGUCAAAUUCAGAUCUGAAGAUCAAGCUCGGAAAGCUGAAAGCUUAAAUCGUCGGCGAUUUUUGGGGACAGAGGUACUCUUAAGAUGUAUACCUGAGGAGCAAAUGCAAGAGUUUGGUAUUAAUGUUUCAUUAAUGUCAAAUGAGAAGAUGCAGAACCAUCUCCAUGCAUAUGAAAGAGGUGAACAUUUUUACCCAGUUGGUUCACAAGGACCAUCCAUGCAGGGGAAUUUAAAGCAUCCAUCUGAUUAUAGACACCCAUCUGAUGAUUUUAUCUGCUCACCUGAUCAUUUUAGAAGCCCUCCCUCAUUUACAGAGUUUGGUGAAGGUAUUCCUGGAAGGUUUACAGAUGGGCACUAUAUGCCUGACUCUAAUUUCAGUGGUGGUUCAGAUCGUGUCACGCUGAUUAAAUUAAAGAAUAUACCAUUUCGAGCUUCUCCUAAUGAAAUCCUGGAUUUUUUCCAUGGCUAUAAGAUCAUACCAGAAUCUCUUUCUGUGAUUGAGAAUGAAUAUGGAAUGUCUUCUGGUGAAGCUGUUAUUGCUCUGAUAAAUUAUAAUGAGGCAGUGGCUGCUGUUAAUGAACUAAAUGAUAGGCCAAUUGGCCAACGCAAAGUUAGGUUAAGUUUGGUGUAGAUGAGAUGUCUAUGAGGCAAAGUGAAGACAUUCACAGUAUUAAUACAUGCAAAAUACAGCCAUAUUUUUACUUGGAGAAUGAAAAAAGGCACAUCAAACCACUUGUAAAUAGUUACAUCUAAUUUUAAAGUUACAGCACACUUUUUUGGCUGAACUAGGAUUUUUAAGACUGAAUUGGAUCACCUUGACAGUUACUGCAAGAUAUUGCUUUGCAAUAUGCAUUUCUUAAUAUAAAACUGAAAACUGCAUGUAUUUUUGUUUUUCUUUCCAUAGGUGGAUGUACAUUUGCAGUUUGUCUAAAUGCUCUAUUUGACACAAUAUAAAAACUUCAGAGCUCUUAGAAAGCGUAGGUUGUGUCAUCCAUGUAUAUAUUAACAAGCUUACCCAUGAUUUUUUUGGGUUCUUGCCCAUUGUUAUGUUCAAUGGCACCUGGAAUACUUUUUUGUUAACAGUUCAGCAUUCCUUUUGAAAUAAAAGUACAUAAACUGAAA